AUUUAGUGUGUCUUUAAGUGAAUUCACUAUGAUUUGUCCUUGGAAAAAAGAAAGAUUACAUUAAAUAAAUUGUAUCAUUUACCUAUCAUAAAGAUAGAAUGGAUUGUGAGAUAAACUAUUGAUCGUUUACUAAUCUAGGUGCAUUUGUUGGCCAAUAAGAAAAAUCUCUGUACAUACACCUACUACUAUUUGUCCGUAAGAAAAACGUAUAUAUAUAUACAUAUGCAUGCGUAGAGAACAUAGAUACUGUAUCUACUGUAGUUACAUUCACCUAUUACAUCAUCAGUAAUAUCCAACCUUAAUCAUCGUUAAUUUAUCCUUCAGUAAACUAUUUACUUAACAAUGAUUAAUUAAAAGUAAAUUCUUAUGGAUAUUUACAAUAGUUUAAUUUACUUUUGAUGAAAUCAACCAUCUUUUUCUUCUUUUUCUUCUUAAAUCUAUCAAACAUUAAAUUUAUCCGUCUUUCUUAUUUGUAUAAAAUUUGAAAUUGUAAAAAUAUUAUUCUAUCUUACAUAUAUAAAAAUUAAUGAACAUGCUUUACGGUGGUCCUCUUGGUACUUAUCUUAGUGGUUUAUCAUCAACAUCUUCAUCACCAUCAUCAUCUUCAACCAAUGCAACAUCACAUCUUAAUUCAUCAAGUUCAGUAUAUAAUUCACCUAGUAAUAGUACAAAUUAUUAUUCUGGAAUAAGUGGAUUAAGACGUAGCAGUUCAAGAUAUCGAAAUUCUACAAGUGGUAAUAAUUUAUCAACAACAUCAACCUCAUUAAAUACUACUAACAGUAGUAAUAUCAGUAAUAAUAAUAGUAAUAGUAAUACUGUAAGUGGAACUAAUCCAUAUUCAUCUUAUUAUACACCACCAGUACGAAGAAAAUAUGGUACACCUGAAACGGAUACCCCAAAGCCAUCACGGUAUUUAACACGUACACAAGGUCUUUCAAGUAAUAGUGGGAGUGGUAUUGUCAGUGUUGGUGUAGGCAGCAGUUGUAGUGUAACUGGUACAUCAACUUCAUCUUACUCAGGACUUCCACAAUAUCCACGUAGGUCACCAAAUAAAAUUGGUUCAAAUACAAAUUAUACAGUUGGUGGAAUAGGUACUAGUUCAUCAUGGAAUUCGGAUUUGAGUAGUGCUGCAAGUAAAACACCUAAUUACAAACAGUUAUAUGAAGAAGAAAAACUGCUAACAAAUGGUCUACGUGAAGAGGUGAAAGCAGCCCAGAAAGAACUGAAAGAAUUAGAAGACGCCUUGGAAAAUUCAGUUGGUAGACGAAGACCUAGUGAGGUUGAACAAAGGAAGAUAUGAUGCUAAGAAUCUAAAAGGAUUGGCAAGGUGGUUUGGUCAAGUUUAAGUAUUUUUAACAAUUGUAAAAUUAUGACUACUUUCUUGAAAUGAAUCGCAAGCUGUGUUGUUAUAUCACUAAGUACUUUCUGUCAUCACUCAGUUUGACUUAAAAUUGAUUAUCAUUAGCUGUUAUGUGAGACAGUAUUUAUUCAACUGGAAACGAUCUUAAUUCAUUUGUAUUGUUUGUAUAUCCUCACAGAACGCGCAUAUGCCAAGAGAGACUAAUCAGUUUCACUUCUAAACAUCAAUAGAAGGAUUCAAACAACCAAUACAAAUUUAUUGAACUCUACCCCAUCGCAGGAGCCAGUAACUAACUGGACUCAGUGCACAAGUGGAUAAAGAGAUGGAAUUUGAAGCGAACGGCAAUUGAUUCGAGUCCUGGAGUGAAUAUGAACUCUAGGAUGCAGGCAUAUCUAUCAGGCAAGUCCCGAAUAGGACGAAACGCACGUCCUGUAUCUCACUGAUAGUCACUAUUCAUUUCUGUCUAUAACGAUCUGUUGUUAGAUUUAUUCUCGUUGGAAGCCUGAAACUGUAAAAAUAAACUGUUUUGUUUUCUGUAAUUCCUAUAUACUCUACAAUCAGUGUAUGCUUUCGAAUAUGACCAUGUGUAGGUAGGUGGUCAUCUUCAGUUUAUGUCCAAUUUUUAAAAAUCAUCAGUUAUCUACUUGUUUACGUAUGAUAAAGCUUAUCUUUAAAUGAAUGAUUUCAACCAAAUUAAAUGAGCAUUUUUCGAGUACGUUGUAAAUUCAUCUAACGAUUUCCAAAUGAGUUCACAGUAAACUUCAGUUUAUAAACAAAAACAGUAUGCAUCAUUGAUACACCACAGUCUCGAAGAAAGUUGCACCACUGUUCAUGUUGUUUAAAGGUUACUUAAUGCCUCAACUUAUCGUAUUGGUAACACAGGAAGUUUAUUGAGUCGUUGAAAGAGAUCUAGGUUUUAUGUACUUACAGAAAAUCUUAUAUUAUUAUCGGGCAAUCUUCUUAACGAAAGUUAUGUUCCACCACAUUAAUUGGAGGUAGACAACAAAUUUGAAGUCGAUAAGUGACUAUUUAUAAAUCCACAAGUUAUUCAAGAAUAAAAGGAUAACUGUAGUCCAACUGGGUUCCGUUUCAGUGUGGACAACAACUCCAUUUAAAAUAUGUUUCUAAUUUAAACAGAAAAAUAUCUUAUGAAUCUCAAGAUGUAUUUCUUGUCUUUUUCAGAAAUUUAAAAUUUAAAUAAACUAAGGUCAGAGAUUGGUUUGUUCAACUUUCCUAACUCUUUAGUUUCACUUCAUUUUUGUGUCAUAACUAAUUUGUCUAUACCUGUAAUCAGUUCUAAUCUAAAAUAUAGUUAUUAAUGUUUUCUAAAGAGCUGUUGUAAAGUGCAAAUUUAAUGUAGUUUUGAUUAGUAUCAGAAGGGGUUUCGUAGAGAUUCUAGUAAUUUCAAUAGUUGAGAGCAUGAGUUAGUUGAAGCUAGACCACCAUGGAAAACAUGGAAGUUUUGAUUGUCUACAGUCUUUAAUUAUUUUGUUAGAUAAGCAUCCUUUCUCACAAAAAUGAACUUAAAACACAGUAACAUAGUUCUGCAUUCGUUUAGUCAAAAAUGUUAUUUAUACGAAUUAUAUAAGGUUCUACAAAACGAAUAGUACUAUAGUUUAUGCUACUGAUAUCAGCUAUAAUGUUAAAAUGGUAUUUAGUCAAAUGAGUGAAUGAAUUUCGCGCCAAAAUCCAAA